CAGCCAAAGCAGGCAUCACGGCUGUUGCGCUUGUGUCUGGUGGCGCGGGGUGAGAUCGUAGACCCCUGUUGCCGCGUGUGUGGCCCACCGCCCCCGGCAGAGGAGGAGAAGCCAUGCUGGCCCACUGCACAACCGCGUUGGUGCUGCUUGGGCUGCCGCUUGGAAUACAGGGAUUUGUGCCGUCACUCGCGAACAACGCUGCUGGUGCCAACAACGGGGCGGCAACGACACCCACGCCUGGUACUACUGCUGCCGCGACUGGUUGCCGGCGGUGGCAGCAUGAGCAUAGAAUAGCAAGUGGAUCCUCCUCAUGUCGGGCACCGCCGGCCCACGCCCAUCGCGCUGCGCCUCGGCCAGCGUCGCCAGCGUCGCUGCCGGAGUACUUCAUGGCCCUCUUCGGCGGAAACAAGGGGAGCUCGGCGACGAGAGCCAGCAAGGCGGAGGAGCUGGAGGCGGACCUGCUGUCGGCCAUCAAAGGGGUUCAGGGCAGGGGGAGAGACGUCACCCAGGAGCAGCGUGAGCUAGUGGACAAGGCCGUGGAGGCCCUGGAGAGCGACGGGGGCGCCCCGAACGCGGCCUCGAGCCCCCUCGUCGACGGAAGCUGGAGGCUGAUCUUCACGACCACCCCGGGAACCGCUUCGCCGGUGCAGCGGUCGUUUGUUGGGGUGGAUGGCUUCGCUAUAUACCAGGACAUCGACCUCUUCUCGGAGGUGCCCCCGACGGUAACCAACGUGGUGGACUUCGGCCCCCGAGUAGGGCAGCUGAGAGUAACCGCUCUCGCCAGCACGCCUUCCAGGCCUAUGGAAGGCUUCGUCCCGAGGAAGGGCGACGGGCGUUUUUUCGGCCUAAACAUAUUGGGGGUUAGCCAAACCACCCCGCCGGAGGACCCCAGCAGGCGUAUCGACUUCCAGUUCGAUGAAGCCGGCUUCGACUUCGAGGCACUGCCCUUCAACAUCCCCUACCCGGUGCCCUUUCGCUUGUUCGGGGACGAGGUGAAGGGGUGGAUAGACGUCACCUACCUGAGCGAGCGCUUACGGAUAGCAAGGGGAAACAAGGGCACCCUCUUCGUGCUCCAGCGGCCACCAUCUCCACCACCGCCAUAGUCGAUGAAACCACCGCCGUAGUUGACUUAUGUUGAAAAUCGUCAUGAUUGCUUCUGUCCCCGGCGUUCGGUUGAGUCAUCGCACAUUCGCGCCCUGGACUCGGUCCCGUGCUCUUUUCAGUGCUUGCUCUUGUUUGGUUUCGAAGCGGGGCAUGCGAGUUUCGCUGCAUCUAGGCAUCUAGAUACCUCUUUGUGUGUGUGUGUCUCUCUCUCUCUCACACAGCUUUCGUACGGGAGAUCGGCAAUGAAAGUUCAGCCGACGCUAUUCUGAUGUUUUUUUGCAGCAUCUGCUGCUGCUGUUGCUGAUGUUUUGGGGGGUGAAAUGUGGAAGCGCCGGGGGGUUGAGCAUGAUCAAGUCUCGAGGGUUCACCAGGCAUGAUCAUUGCAAAAUGUUG